ACUCGCAAAGAUGACGCUUGCCGUCCAGGCCAUGCGGCUGGUGGUCUGCAUCGUGGCGUUUCCCAUGUUUCUGCUGAACCUUCUAGGCAUGUGGAGCUGGGUAUGCAAAAAGUGCUUUCCCUACUUCCUGAAGCGGUUCGCCAUGAUAUACAAUUGGAAGAUGGCGAGCCUAAAGCGGGAGCUCUUCAGCAAUCUGCAGGAGUUCGCCGGCCCCUCGGGGAAGCUAACUCUGCUGGAGGUGGGCUGCGGCACCGGGGCCAACUUCAAGUUCUAUCCCCCCGGGUGCAGGGUCACUUGUAUCGACCCCAACCCCAACUUUGAGAAGUUCUUGUUCAAGAGCGUCGCAGAGAACCGGCAGCUGCAGUUCGAGCGCUUCGUGGUGGCAGCCGGGGAGGACAUGCACCAGGUGACCGAUGGCUCUGUGGACGUGGUGGUCUGCACCCUGGUGCUGUGCUCGGUGAAGAACCAGGAGAAGAUUCUGCGCGAGGUGUGCCGAGUGCUGAAGCCGAGAGAAAUGUCUUCAGAUGAGUGGUCAGCAGCUGAGGAUGAAGGCCAGCUGUCCCGACUCCUCCGGAAAUCGAGAGACUCCCCCUUUGUCCCCGUGGGCAUGGCAGGCUUUGUGGCUGUGCUGUCCUACGGUCUUUACAAGCUAAAUUCCAGAAGAGAGCAGAAGAUGUCCCUUCAUCUCAUCCACGUGCGGGUUGCCGCCCAAGGAUGUGUGGUGGGAGCCGUGACUCUAGGUGUUCUCUACUCUAUGUAUAAGGACUAUAUCAGACCUCGGUUCUUCAAUGUACCCAAAAAGUAAAGCCAGAAGCUGGAAGCAAGGACGGCCGGCUCCUUCAGUGCUAGCAUCAGAAAAAGGAAUUCUCAUUGUGUUCUGAAUCAUGCUACAACGUGUAACUCACACAGAAUCCUCAUAGAAUCUGUAUCUCACGAUGCUAAGCGGUUGCUCUCUAAAUCCUCUCGGUUAGCUGAAAAUUACCCUGCUGCUGUCUUUUUCUGACUUAGGCCCCCUGGAGUUCCAGACUUUGUGCACACAGGCAGCAGCGGUUCCUGCACCAACAGGCUCUGACAGACUUCUAAACAGGUUCUUAGCAAAAAUGUGGCCCCCUUCCUUCACUCAGCAAGCAGUGCAGACCAAGUGUGUUUUCUUAGAAAAGGGAUCCAGAGGAGGCAAGGUGGCUCAGGAAUGAAGAUGCUUGCUGCCAAGCCUGGCCUCAGUGCGCACCUUGGAACCCAAAUAGUGGAAGAAGAGAAUGAAGCCGAGGUUAUCCUCUGAGCCCCACACGUGUGUGCAUCCACACAAGCAAGCAAAUGGCUGUAGAAAGGGGGUGGGACUGGCUCUUGCAGAGCACCAUGGCAGCUCACAACCCCUGCCCAGAGUAUGUAUACAGUGUGCAUGCCUACAUGUGGGUAAAUACUCACACACACCCAAAUAAAUAAAUCUUC